GAAAAUGGGAGAAAGUGGUCUCUUCCAGCCAAUGAGAAGUUAGCCCGGAACUCUCCUAACGCCUCUCAUAUUACAGCAGCAAGCAUGGGGAAGACUGGGACACCGGGUGGAAAGAUCAACAGACCCAAAACAGAGCUGGGCAAGAAGCUCUAUAAGCGGCGGAGGAAUCUGACCCGUGAGAAGAGGAGGAGACACAUCAAGGUGGGAGCUGUGGUGGACGAAGGACUCACCACCAUCCACCAUCUCAGGAAGAGAAACUCCAGCCCCAGGGCCAACAUCACUCUGUCUGGGAAGAAGAAACGCAAGCUGCUCAAACAGCUGCAACACAUGAAAGCAGAGAAGGCCGCUAUGGAAGUUGAGGCAGCAACAAACAAGACGAAGGCAGCAGCACCAACAAAGGCAGCAGCACCAACAAAGGCAGCAGCACCAACGAAGGCAGCCAGAGGCCAGAAAGGGGGUGUGUCCCAGGGGAUGUGGACAUGGCAGAUAUGGAAUGAGAAGAGGAUGAGAGACUGUUCUGUUGGCCCCAUGCCAAGGCCAGACCGGGCCCCGUAUUUAGACCAGGCCACGUAUUUAGAGCAGGCCCCGUAUUCAGACUGGGCCCUGUAUUCAGACCGGUCCCCAUAUUCAGACCAGGCCCCAUAUUCAGACCAGGCCACGUAUUUAGAGCAGGCCCCGUAUUCAGUCCAGGUCCCAUAUUCAGAUCAGGCCCCAUAUAUAUAUGAAUAUGAUUUUAUGGGCGGGGGGCUGAUCCUGGAUCAGUCUUAGCCUUUUAUACCUAAUUAAUAUGAUUACAUGGACAGGGGAGGCCUGCUCCUGGAUCAGUCUUAGCCUUUUAGACCUAAUGAAAAUGAUUACAUGGACGGGGAGGCCUGCUCCUGGAUCAGUCUUAGCCUUUUAGACCUAAUUAAUAUGAUUGCAUGGACGGGGAGGCCUGCUCCUGGAUCAGUCUUAGCCUUUUAGACCUAAUGAAUAUGAUUACAUGGACAGGGGAGGCCUGAUCCUGGAUCAGUCUUAGCCUUUUAGACCUAUUGAAUAUGAUUACAUGGAUGGGGGAGGCCUGAUCCUGAGCCAGAGAGUGUUUGUGUAUCUGAAUGCCGUCAUUGUAAAUACGAAUUUGUUCUUAACUGACUUGCCUAGUUUAAAUCAAAUAAAAAACAGACAGAA